GAGCCGCACAGCUGCAGCAGCAAGCGGGCAGCCAGUGAAGCGUGCCCCCCCAGACGCACGCUGGUGGCGGGCAUCUCAGCAACAACAGACGGCGAUGUGGAGGUCAGGCGCGCACCAGCGCGGACUUCCUGCUAAAUAUCUGCUCUCGCUCCCCUUUCCUGCAUGGGAUUACGCGCCGCUGAGCAUCCCGCACUGCGCGUCCGCGCCGCGCGGUUCCCAUCGUUUGGGUUUGUAGCAGGUGUCCCGGCGCGUCCCCGAGGUCCGGAGUGCGGACCAGGCACGCUUUGCUCCGCACUGUUGCUGCGCCGUCGCUUUGAGCCUCUGCAGCAAACUGGGCAAGAAAUGGUGGGAUGCUCGACCAAGAGAUUGGACGCACAGCCAACAAAGGGUCGCAGCUGUGAGCACGUCAACUCUCCUCAUCCUCAUCAUCCCAGUAGUGGAGGGUCCCUUCACCUGCCUGCUUUCAUCCCAGCAGCAGUGAAGACACAGUGGUAGCUCCGCCCGGGCUUUCUUAUUCCGAUGGUUGUGUAAAAUCUGAGAGGCCCGUCGCUCUGUCAGCAAACCACUCAGCACCUGAGAUUGUGUGCAAAUGUGUGAGUUCAGCUGUUGACCAACCGGGCUAUGAAGGAGAGCCGUUCAGUUCUGGGUUGACUUGAGACGAACAGGACGACCUGAGUGAGGAGCAGCCAUGGGGCUCGGACAGUCCACUAAGACGCUGGUCAGCAAUGACACAGACGAAGUGAAUUUUGACCAUUUCCAGAUCCUGAGGGCAAUAGGCAAAGGCAGUUUUGGAAAGGUCUGCAUAGUCCAGAAGAAAGACACCAAGAAGAUGUACGCCAUGAAGUACAUGAACAAGCUGAAAUGUGUGGAACGCAACGAAGUGAGAAACGUCCUGAAAGAGUUGCAGAUCAUGCAGAACCUUGAACAUCCUUUCCUGGUUAAUUUCUGGUAUUCUUUCCAAGAUGAAGAGGACAUGUUUAUGGUGGUGGACCUGCUUUUGGGAGGAGAUCUGCGCUAUCAUCUCCAGCAGAACGUGCACUUCUCUGAAAGCACAGUGAAGCUCUACAUCUGUGAACUAGCCCUGGCUCUUGGAUACCUGCGCAGCAAGCGCAUCAUUCACAGAGACAUUAAGCCUGACAACAUUCUGCUGGAUGAGCACGGACAUGUACACCUGACGGAUUUCAACAUUGCAGCUAUUGUGAAGGAAGACCUCAAAGCAACGUCCAUUGCUGGAACCAAACCAUAUAUGGCUCCAGAACUUUUCCAGAGCUUUGAAGGGUCUCACCCUGGAUACUCCUUUGCUGUGGACUGGUGGUCUCUGGGGAUAACAGCCUAUGAACUGCUAAGAGGACAGAGACCAUAUGUGAUGAAAUCCAACACGCCAGCAAAUGAGAUUCUCCAAACUUUCCACAAAGUUCAUCCCAGUUACCCAGCAGCCUGGUCUUUGGAAAUGAAGUCUCUUCUUAGAAAGUUCCUUUGCAUCGACGUCCAGAAGCGAGUCUCCUGUCUGGCAGAGCUGCAGGAUCUGGACUACAUGACAGAUGUGAACUGGGAUGCUGUGCAUGGCAAACAAGUUCCUCCAGGCUUUAUUCCCAAUAGGCGAAGGUUAAACUGUGAUCCCACAUUUGAGCUGGAGGAAAUGAUCCUGGAGUCCAAACCCCUUCACAAGAAGAAGAAAAGGCUUGCUCGAAAGACCAGAGAGCAGGGAUCUGAUGGGUCUCCACAGAACGGGCAGCUGCAGCAGCGCUUGGACAAUGUCCAGAGAGACUUCAUAGUCUUCAACAGAGAAAAGUCAAGAAAAGCAGCAGUGGACACUUCAGAGUUCUCCAUGAGUGAGAAAAACAAGGCAAUAGAAGAUGGACAAAACAAUAACGUUGAGCCAACCCCAUUUUUAUCAGGAUAGGCCAUAUACUCUCUAACCCUUUCCUCACUCCUUGCACCUGCUUGUUGAUUAGCAAACAAUGCCCAGACAGCUACAGUUCUUGCACUCACUGCUGCCAACACUGUUUGCACGUCUGCAACCCUGUUCACCCUUACACAAGUCCUGCUGUCAGGAAACCUAGAGCGGCUGGAUUGAGACGGACUCCUUGAGCAGCAGCCAUGUCAGACUCUUCCCUUCGCUGUCACCAAAAAACGAAAAAAAAAAGGAAUCAACUCUCUGCAGUUUCACUCAUAAAAUGCUCCCUUAAACCACUCCGGUGCUCACAUGGCUGCUCAGAGAGACAUAGCCAGAUCCUUGCCAAAAGGAAAACAGGAGUGAAUCUGCUUAGCUGGUUGGCUGCGCCUGAAAUGUUUGAGCUGCACGCUGGCAGAAUACAGUUUUUGAAAAAAUGGUUAAAUUUGUGUUCAAGCAAGGUCUUUAAAAGCAUUUCUCUUGUUCAACUUUAAAACCUUUAUGUGGGAAGCUUUAAAGAAGGGUUUUUUACCCAACGAUGGCAUUCUAGCAUGGCAGGAAAACAAACUUUAAAACUGAGAUUUAGGCAAAACACAGAGAGCAGACUCCUACAAGUAUUCGGGCCAGCAUAAGAAAAAAUAGACUUUACGAGAAAAAAGUUAUAAAAUUAAGGGAAAAAAAGUCGUAAUUCUAAGAUAAUAAAGUUGUAAAAUUACAAGAAAUUAAGUAGUAAAAUUAUGACUAUAAAAAUGUAACAUUAUGAUGAAAAAGUGGUAAUUUUUUGAGAAUAAAGUUUUAAACUUAUAGAAUGAAGUUGUAAAAUUAUGAGAGAAAAAUUCAUAAUUAUACUAAAAUAAAGUUGUAAAAUUACAAGAAAUUAAGUAGUAAAAUUAUGACUAUAAAAAUGUAACAUUAUGAUGAAAAAGUGGUAAUUUUUUGAGAAUAAAGUUUUAAACUUAUAGAAUGAAGUUGUAAAAUUAUGAGAGAAAAAUUCAUAAUUAUACUAAAAUAAAGUUGUAAAAUUACAAGAACAAAAAUGUAACUUAUAAGAAAAGUUGUAAUUUUUCGAGAUUAUAGUUUACAUAUCCGAGAUUAAAGUUUAAAAUUUAUGAGAAUAAAGUUGUAAAAUUAUGAGAAAAAACAGAUUUCUAUGAUAAACUAAAGGUUUAUUGCAAAGCUUAAUGGCUACAUUGAUAGAUUUAGUUUCCACGUAAUGUGGAUGAAGGCUUAAACAAUCAACUAGCUUAUAUGGCUUUUUCCCUGUAAAAUGUCAACUUUUUUCUCUAAUUUCGCAAAAUUAUCAUUGUAAAAUUGACUUUUUUUCUCUUAGUUUUGUGAGUUUUCUCAUAAAUUACUCUUAAUUUUUUUUAUGGUGGCCAGAAUAUUCCAUUGUAGAAUUCUGAAAUGCUUGUGAUUGAAAAUAAAAAUAAAAAUGAGCAUGAAUGACUCAGAUACAUGCUGUGGGGAUUAUACUUUUGUUAAUGAAUCUAGUGUAGAACCCCAGUUCAGUCAGAAAAUCAUGUGCCUCAAUCAGUCUUUAGCUCAAGUUACAAGUAGUAAUAUACAGGUUUGUUUGCAGCAUUAUGUUCAGAAGCAUUUUGGGGUUUUUGGCUGGUGAUCCGAGUAAACAAGCUAAAUCCUUUGAUUCUCGGAUUAAAGCCUAUUUAAAAGCAACUGGUGCCAGGCUGAGUGCAGCGUACCCACUAGAGGCUUGUUACACAAGCAAGUCUGUACCCUCUUACUCCAAUGUAAAGUGGUCCUCUGUGGCGAGAUCUUAUAUGUGGGCCUAUAUGUGUGUGUGUGAUAACUACUGGGGGUAAAUUUUGAUGAACUAAAGUUUAUUUGAUAGCAGAUUUCUGAAAAUUCUUUUCAAAUGGCAGGCAAUUGUCAAAUCCAGUAAACCAAAUUACUCUAAAUUUUAGGCUUGACCUGCCUAUUUUUCAGGUUUUGUGACGUUACAUCUGACUAAAGUAGAGACUACCAUAAAGCAAAAACCUUGCUGCAAACUUCUCCAUGUGGAAACCAGUGAUUACAUAUGAUGUCCAUCUCUUUUAUAGUCUCUGGUUUGGACAAAAAAAGAACAGAUUUGACCACAACAUAAGUACACAAGCAAACAGCCUCUAUAUUACGACAGGUACCAUGUCAUGGGUUUGAAGACAACUUCUUUAUUCUAUUUUUGAAAGUUUGAGUUUUAUUCAGGUUGCCUGAUGUAGCUAAAACUUUAACGCAAAUUAAUCUUGGUCAAAUUUUUGUCCAAAUCCCACAAGUCUUUGGCUCAUUUUGCAAAUGCUUAACUGGGGGGUUAAAAUAGUAAAGCUAGCUGGUCGAUGUUUGAUCUGCACCGACCCUUGCUUUGCACAUGCGUCUUCAUUAAAUGUAGCAUUUAUGCACAAAGAGACAGAAAAAUCUGAAGCUGUGAGCAAAUACAUUUCCCCUUAGGGAUGGUUUUAUAGAUGUGGAUUAAACUCUUGGACAAGA